GUCGCUCCGGCAGUCUGGCUUUGGCCGCAGAAGGUAACGGACGUACCGGGGUGCUCGCUCAGUUUACCUGGAUGUCACUUGGGUAACGCGCCAGGAGCCGAUUCUUCUCGUUAUCGGAGGCAUACAGGGGGCAUCCAGGCCGUUAUCUCGUACGAAACGAGGAAAAGAAGACGGAGGAAGACCUUUUUCACGGGUGCGCUUUGAUUCCCCUUUCUUUUGCACGACGUUCAUCUCUGCCGCCUUCACCAUGCAGAACCUCGACGCAACAGGCACCACGAUAGUCAUCACCAUCCUCCUGGAGGGGACGUAACAGCGCAUCAUCUUCACCACCCUCUCGAGACGUUCCUCUUCGCCUCCCCCACCACGCCGCCCAUCCCCCACCGCUCGUCGACGCUGCACUUCUCAUUUCAUCGUCGCCGCCUUCGCACCAGGCUCGACGUCCGCACACAGUGAAGGAGACAGGAGAGAUCAUCCUCUGAGAGAGAGAGAGAGAGAGAGAGAGAGAGAGAGAGAGAGAGAGAGAGAGAGAGAGAGAGAGAGAGAGAGAGACGUCGGGAAGUUGCAUGACCCGCCGCCCAACCGCCUCCUCCCCGAGCUGCCUGCUCCCGCCCCGUCGCCGUCGCCGCUGAGGAGGACCUUGGGAUGCCCUUGGAGAUGUGCGGCGAAGUUGAUGCGUGGAAGAUCAAGACCGUCUUGGUUAGCAUCCUCGUCGCCUCGGCUUGUGCAGCCGAUUGGAAGGAGGAUCUGUCCAACGAGCUGAGCAUCGGCGUGAGUGACAAGGGAUACGCCCGAGCGGUUCUAGACUGCGAGGAUGACCACAUGGCAUUCGUCAUCACCAUGGAGGAGGACUUCGAGGGCGUGGUCUAUACGAGAGGCAGCUUCCACGCCCGCAAAGGCCCCUGCUUCCUGGACGCCACGAGCGGCAAGGAGUUCGCGCUCAAGUUCAACUAUAAGGACUGUGGCACCAAAUACGACAGCGCGCUGGGUGCCCACGUGAACACCGUAGUCGUGCAGCAUGACGAUGACCUCAUCUUUCCGGGUGACCUCGCCUUCGCCCUCAGAUGCCAUGACCAGGUCACCGUCAGCGCCUCCAUGAAAGGGGUGAAGUCCAAGAUCACGCUCGUGGACCCCGAUCCUGGCGCCAAGGAGGACUCUAAGGACGAGCUCUCUGCCACCUCCUCGUCGCGGGUCGUGACCUUGAGCCCGGCCCGCCCAUCGCCGCCCAAGGAGGAGCUAUAGCGGAUCCUCAGAGGCACGGAGAGGUACCGUCGAUCCUGCAGGCGGGCGUGAGGAUCCUGACGCGCGCUUUCGGGGAGAGGGUGGGAGUGGGGGGGUAGUGGGGAGGGAGUGGAAGUGGGGAGCGGGAGAAAUGGGGAGGGAGUGUCGGGAGCUUGGGAAGGGGGGAGGGAGUGACUACAGGAGCGGGGAGAGGUUGGGGAAGUGUACGUGGGGAGGCGGAAGAAGAGGGGAGCGGAGAGGAGGAAGUGUGGGCAGAGCAGCGACCCCUCCGCCCGGCCUCUGAUCAAAGACUGACCAGUUGCCCCUUCAGCAGCGACCGCGUAAAAAGGAGUGCGAAGGGGCGGUGUGUGGAUUCCCUUCCCUCUUUCCCCUCAUGCCACUCCCGCGUCCCCUUCCUUCCCCCUCCGAGUGGAAUGCACACGCGAGCACUUCCCGGUGUCCGUUGCAAGGUGGAAGCUAAGGGAAGUUGAGCGUUGUUUUAUUUUGCAAGAUUGAUCUCAUAAAAAAGUAGUGUUGGUGAGUUGAGACUCCUUCCCCCCAUUUUUGCUCGUAUUUUUUUUUUUCUUCAAGAAUUCUCUUUUAUCCAUUUCCUUCUGAUCGUCCUUCCCUAUCUCCUUUAUUCCCUUUCUUCUCUUCCUCACCUCCAGGAGGGUGAAAUCUUUAAAAAAAAAGGGGGUAGUAAUUUAACAAAGCCAAAUAUUCUUGUGGUAUGAAAAGAAAUCUCUGUUUAUCGUUCACUCCGUCUUGUUUUAUUUUAUACUGUACCAAAUUUAGAAAUUCUUCCCAUUUGCCAAAUGAUAUGUGAAAAAAAAUAAUGACCUGGUGCUUUAAUGCCAUUAUAUUCCCUUUUCGUUUAUCAUCUUCACGAAUAUCUUUCCUCGCCUGGUUUCUUCCUGGUUUCGAAUUGGAACAAGAAAACGAGAAGGUUUUCGAAGGGGGUGAAUAUACUUCGUUAUUCGCAGCUUCACAAUCGCCAUUUUCUACGCGAGGGACCUUGAAGCCUCAAUAAAAAAUAAAAAUAAUAGAGGGUCUGUCAUCUGUUUUAAGGGACGUAUUUGUCGCUAAAUCCUUUAUUUUUGACAACGGAAUCUUCGAAACAAUUGAUUGUUUCUUUAGAUAUCUGUGAAAGAAAAUGAGAUGACGUUAAAGUAUAUUAGCAACUGAACGAAAGAGAAGCAUUCAGAUACUAAACUAUUUUUUUAUAGUUUAGUAAAGGCUGGUUAUGGGUGACAUUUAUGUAAUAGCAGAGGUUAGUGAUGUU